AUGGCCGCCGCUAAGUCGGAGGAUUUCAACGCCAAGUAUACCGAUGCCAACUUGGCCUCGGAUGCGGCACCCUACGAUUCUGAAAGGCUCUGUAAUUUAGUGAAGAUACUCGAGGAUGCCGACAAUGGGAGCAUCAGCACAGCAGCUCCAGCGAUACUCAGCCCCGAAGAAGAACUCGAGAAUCCCUCUCGUAGGGAGGGAAGAAGAGAAAAGAAUCUCUAA